AUGGCUACUAAAGUGGUCUUAGUAUGUUUCCUUGCGGCGCUAUGGAGUCCAUCCCUUGGGGACCUGUCUGUUGCUCCCAUCCCCACCGACUGGAUCCCCAGGGUCAGCAGGAAGAUGACGACCUUCGCGGAGUCCCAGACCGGUGCGCUGCAGCUGGUCCAGGAGUAUGAUGACAAGCUGAGCUUCACGCAGACUCAGAUCGACGGUGUGGCACAGCUCCAUCUGCUGACCCAGGCAUCAGGAGACCGGCUGAAGAAGUGCCGGGAGAUCCUGGAAAGGAACAAGGCUGAGAUAGAAGCCUCCCAUGCACAGGGUCCGACAGGGGGCGCCCCUGCUUCUGACUGCUGCGACAACCUCGGCCAGCUGGAGUACGACCCGAGGUUCCUGCAGCAGAUAGUUAACGACAGCUGCGCUACUUUUAUUGCAGUUACCAAUGCGCCCAACACUGUCCGGUCCCACGUCUACGACACUAUGAAAUCCAACAUGCAGCACACGUCUGGGGUGACCUGGCAGUAUUAUGGCGCCAAGCAGGGCGAGUAUCACCAGUUCCCCAAGAGUGACAGGUCAUGCCAGGGCAGCGCCCACAUAUUUAGAAACUGGUACGUCAGCGCGGCGUCUCCUAAGAAGAAGAAUGUUGUAAUCGUCAUAGACGUCAGUUUGUCCAUGCAAGACGCAAACCGGAUCAACUUGGCCAAGCAGGCAGCGUUGACAGUCCUGGAUACUCUCACAGUGAGGGACUGGGCGGGAGUUGUGUCUUUUAGUGACACAGCAGAAACACCGCAGGGAUGUCUAAAUCACAGUCUAGGAGAAGCUAACCCAGGCAACAUCGACAUCAUGAGGGACUUUAUCAACAACCUUCGACCUGAUCUGACAACGUACUACGGCCAUGGAUUCAGAAAAGCAUUCGACAUAUUACAUGAAGCUAAGGAAAAGAAACCGGAACAAUUCUAUGAUAGCGACAACGUCAUCAUCUUCCUCACAGACGGAAAGCCUUCAGACCCAAAGGAUGUUCUGGACCAGAUCACCGAGGGGCAAUAUCUUAUGGACCGGACUGUGCACAUCUUCACCUACGGUCUUGGGAACGCUCUUCCAAACGCCUACAGCGGUUGGUGUGCUGAUCCCAAUGACAGCCAGUGUACGGCCUUUAGUGUCCCUGGUCUUUUGGCAGGGUUUAUUGAAAAUACAGACAGCUUGGAGGCUUUGGAUUUUCUCGCCACCAUCGCAGAUCAAAACAACAUGUUAAUUCCCGGUGCUACGACGUGGACAGUUAGUAGAGUUUUGCUAUUUCCAUGA